GGAAAGUUUAAACAUUUCCUUCCUACGUCAUUUACUGUUGCUGUUUCCACAUAUUAAACAAGAAACCAAUUCAAUUUUGAAUUUUCCAUGUUUUCUCUUUGCUCUAUAUCUCAACCUACCAACCAUACUUCACUCACUCCCAAUUGAAGCUUAAAAGCAGUGAGUAGCAACUUUCCUUCUGGUUCAACCUUCUUCUCUGUCUCUUCAUUUGUUACACUGCAGAACCUCUUACCCUUGAUCAUCGAGAUAUGAAAGGCAUAGAUAUCUUCUGUGCAUCACAGGCCUCAACAGCCAUAUGUCUUAGCAUGGAUGAACCCUCUUCCUCCAUUUCCAACACUACUCAUUUAGGUGGCCGAGCCAUUGACCGCCACAACCCCAUCAUCACAGAUCCAAGAAGAACACCCUCCAGAGACUUCAUUGUCCCUAGUUCUUCUCCUAAACCUUUGCAUGAUCAUCUCCCCAAGCCUAAGAAAAACUCCAUUUCCAAGCCAAGCGGCCAGAAAAAGAAAAAUCCGGCAAAGGGUCUUGAUCAAAAGAAGAAAAGUAGUGUGGAAAAGUUGACCGAACACAUCACAAACAAUUACUCUUCAAAACCAAUUGAUAGUAUUCUGAGGAGGAGUUGGGUUAGGCCACCUACUGAUUUGAUCACCCCUCCUGGUUCUUCAAGAUAUUUGCUCGGUGACAUGCCUUCCUUCCAUGGUGGAUCAUCACUUUAUGAUCCUGUUUUGGCUUUAACUAACGUUGACAAGGACAAAGCUCAGGUCCUUCAUCAUGAUGAAACCACCCAUUCAUCUAAACCCUCUUCUAGCUCCUCUCUUCCAAAAUCUGCUUCCUCAGACCAGGUUGUAGUUUUGAGGGUUUCUCUGCACUGCAAAGGUUGUGAAGGGAAGGUGAGGAAACAUCUCUCCAGAAUGCGAGGAGUAACAUCCUUCAACAUAGACUUUGCGGCAAAGAAGGUUACAGUGGUUGGUGAUGUGACUCCUUUAAGCGUAUUGGCAAGCAUAUCAAAGGUGAAGAAUGCACAAUUUUGGCCAGAACCUGCUUCAGUAGUUGGAUCCGGUUAUGCAGAAACGAAAAAAAUAAAUUUUAUCUGACUCAUAUUACUAUUAUUCUGCUUUUUUUUUUUGUUUCAGUUAGAAUUUCAAGGUUGGAACUGGUGAUCUGGGUAGUAAUUUAAUCAGUGUAAAUACAAAUGUAAAAGGUACUGUAACUUUGGGUUUGAAGAGGUAUUAGAGUUUAUUUGGAA